AUGUUCGGUCUUUCUAUUAUUCCAGCCUUUUCAUUUCUCCAACAAGUAAUUACAUCAUCCCGAAAACAACAAUCGGAAAUUGUUGAUGACUUACACGAUUUGGUUCAAAACAGAAUGAAACAAUGGGAAAAACGUCUUAUGGAAGCAGAAAUGAAUGAUAGAGAUGAUGAAUAUGAUGAUGGACCAUCCACUCCUGGAAUGUAUGGUCUUUUACCAGGAGAUGGCACAUCCACCAAUGAAAAUGUAAUGGUCACCACUGCUCGGGACAGAAAGUUUAUUUCAAUUUAUGAGGAAUUGGAAACUCUACUCUUACAAAUCAAAGCUAAAAGUAAUGAAUUGAAUGCAAGUAUUAAGAACAAUGGUGUGGAUGAAAAUGUUGUGGAAAGGAUUUUACCAAUACUUAGAUCAACAAUGUUAAUUAGCUUGAAUAGAAGUACAUUUAUGGGUUCCUGUCCAUCUUCAGAUUUAAAGUGGAAUUUGGGAUUUAUUUUGGAAAGCUCACAUUAUGCAUGUUUGGAAAGUUUGAUUUCAUUAUCUGAAAAUAAGGAUUUGCAUCUAAAUGUCUUGAAAAGUGGAAAGGAUCUCUCAGAUGAAAUUACUAUUGGAGAUGGAAAUAAUGAAAAAUAUACCCAGAUUGUUAAGGAAAUUUGUACAAACGGAACAUUAGGAACGAUAUUCAAUUCUAUUCUCUAUGAAGGAAGUGCUGCUAUUCAAGCUAAGGCAAGACGUUUGCUAGAUGUUGUUUCAGCCGAUAAUAUUUCUCAUGAAUCUUUAAUGCACAGAUUGGAUACUUUCAGACUAAUUGUUGAAACAAGAGAAAGAGAAAAUGAAAUGAUUUCAGCCCUAGUAAUUUCAAGAAUGUACUCUAAUCCAAACCUUUUUAAAACCCUGACACUGCAUCAAAAUUUACCAUUCAUUAACAUGUUGCAAAAUAUGUAUAGUAAUAGUCCUUAUGCAGAUGUUAAAAAAUUGAGUUCUAUUGGUUUAAUGAUUUCAAAGGGUAAAACAACUGAAUAUAUCUUUUUGAGAGAGGAGGAAAACUCAAUGAAAUUAUGGUCUUGUGUUGAAUCAGCAAAGAAAUUGGGAAUAUUUGCAACAUUUGGUUUAAUGUUUAGAUCAUCCUACUUCUUGUACAAUACCAGACUGCUUUCAUCUAUUCCAUUUUUCAUUUUCCUUCCAACUGUGUUGGGUGAAGUAUUGGAUAUUGAACGAAUGUUGACAGAAGGAAGACAAACUCAUGGAUGGUUACAUGUUGGUACCACUGCAGCCAUUUCUCUCAUGCUCUCACGUCUCAAAACUACAACACUCUCCCUUGUUAUGGCUCCUUACUUGGCAGUUUAUUUCAUGUCAGGUCUUUCACUUGACAGUGGUAAACUUCCUCAUCAAAGACAUCACGAAGCUAUUGCUUCAAAUUUAUUUCACUUGGACAGUUUAGCAUUUGAACAUUCCAUGAAAAGGUUGAAUAGAUUUUUAAAUCACUAG